CAGGGGGCGGCGGCCAGAGCGGCGCGAGCCGGCUCCCCUCCGCCGCGCGCGGCGAGGGGGAAUGAAAACAAGGCGGGGCAGGGGCGGGGGUAGGCCCUCGGGCCGACCAAUCGGAGAGGGCGGAGGGCGGGACCGGCAGGGAGCGCUGCCCAAUGAGAGCGUGGCAGCCUGGAGGCCCCGCCCCCUCCCCGCGGGGCCGGGCGGAGGCGGAGCCUGGCGGGGCAGCGGGGUCGCGCGCGCGGGGCGACUCCGGUUCAACUUUGUGAUGUCUUCCCCUGAAAUUGCUUCCCUUUCUUGGGGUCAGAUGAAGGUGAAAGGCUGCUCUACAACAUACAAGGACUGCAAAGUAUGGCCGGGAGGGAGCCGGACGUGGGACUGGCGAGAAACUGGGACUAAUCAUUCUCCAGGAGUGCAGCCAGCUGACCUUGAAGAAGUCGUCAAGAAGGGUGUUAAAACUGUGGUGAUUGGUCGUGGCAUGAGCGAGGCUUUGCAGCAUCCACUGUGGACUAUCUGAAGAAGAACGGCAUUGACGUGCUGGUGCUGCAAACGGAGAAGGCUGUGGCGGAGUACAAUGCCCUGGCUGCUCAGGGUGUCAGGGUGGGCGGGGUAUUCCAUUCCACCUGCUGAAGCGCUGCUCGUUCCGCCUUCCCGGCCCGCAGCCGGGACACGCCGACACACCUCUGCUGAACGCGAUUGCCAAGGCAUUUGUGCGCUGACGAUCGAAAACGCAAAGACAGUUUAUUAGUUCAGGAUUUAAACAAAUCGAGGGCUCACAAAAGGUGGGGCUGUUAAUGUAAUUAAAUAGUUUAAUUACAGAAUAAUUUCCGUGUAUUGUUGAGAUUGACCCAAUUUUUCUCUGAAGGCCAUUCAUAGUUUUGUUACUUGACUUUUCACCUGUUCACUAAAUCAGGAGAUUAUGUUUUGAAUGCUUUUAUUAGAAAAUGGCCCAAAAUUACAUUACUGGUUACUGGAAUGCAGCCAUAAAAUAGCUGAUGAGCACAAUCAAGUAGUAGAUAUGAAGUGGUGGUAAAGAAGCACGUUACCACCACUGGAUAAAUAAGUUUAAAAAAAAAAAAUUAAACAGCAAA